AUGUCUUACAAGCUAUAUCUUGCGGUGUCAUUCGGCAUGGGUCCCCAGGAUCACCACUCAAUUCUCAUCGAAACCGACGAAGUAGGCGCAAUUGGAAACGCCCAUAUUUACCAGGUCAAAGGCAAUAUUCAGGCAGGAAUGACUUACGACCAUCGACCAGCCCGCGAAGACGACAUCAAUCUGGGUCAAACGCUUCUUGGCCUCGUAUCGGCAUUUAACUUCGAGCGGGUCGAUCAGAUCUGUCGGGAGAUUCCUGUACCGAAGAAGCAGUUUAACGGCCAUAAAAGACUGUAUCCGCGAGAGCCGCUCCGGCGCUGCCAAGAAUGGACAAAGGAAGCCUUGGAGGCAUUGACGCGGGAGGGAGUGUUGGAACCAGUGGCAGACAUCGACCCGCCGAAAGAGGGAGUUCCUGUGGACAAGGUCUUGCAAUCGAGUCGUUUCAAACAGCGUGGUGGCGGUGAUUAUGGUAUAAUUUAA